AUUUUAAGCAUCAUAGAUAAAAGUGUGUUCCUACAAGACCUUACUAUAAAAUUAAAAAUUGCUUUCCAAAUAUUAAUUUGAAUUCAAAAAGUGUAAAAAUGGGAGAUAGUAAGAUAACAUAUGUUCAAUGUGAUGGAUUAGCUGUUAUGAAAAUGGUAAAGCACUGCCAUGAAGAAUCGCAAGGAAACAUGGAAAUAGCGCAAGGAGCUCUUUUAGGCUUGGCCGAAGGAAAUAGGCUGGAAAUAACAAAUUGUUUCCCAUUCCCGAAAUCCACAGACGAAAAUGUCGAUGAAGAGGAAUAUCAAUUGGCUAUGAUGAGAAGAUUACGACGCGUUAAUGUUGAUCACUUUCAUGUUGGAUGGUAUCAAUCUUCAGAUGUUGGAAACUUCUUGUCUUUAACACUUUUGGAAUCGCAAUAUCACUAUCAAACGAGUAUUGAAGAAUCUGUUGUUGUCGUUUAUGACACACAAAAAUCGGCAGGAGGAUUUUUGACAUUGAAGGCUUAUAGAUUAACACCACAAGCCAUUGCAAUGUAUAAAGAUGGAGAUUUUACACCUGAUGCAUUAAGACAACUCAAGAUUGGAUACGAAAAGCUGUUCGUUGAAAUUCCUAUUCAAAUUAAAAAUUCGCCACUUACAAAUAUCAUGAUGUUAGAAUUACAAGAAAUGGUUAAAGAAGAGGAAGGCUCACAUUUUCUGGAUUUGGGUACGGCUGGUGUCUUGGAAAAUCAUAUUCGUGCUAUGAUGGAUAGAGUCGAUGAACUUUAUCAAGAAGCGAGCAAAUUUAAUAAAUAUCAACAAACUGUCAUGCGUCAGGAACAAGAUAAACAUCGCCAAUUGAACAAAUUAGCACAAGAGAAUGCUUCAAGAAUUGCUAAAGGUGAAACUACAGUAGCAGAAGAAGAAAUUCUUAAGCAAUUCCGUCCACUUCCUGUUCCCCCACGUCUUAAUCCAAUGAUUAUAUCUGGACAAAUCAAUACCGUUUCACAACAUAUUAAUCAAUUCUGUUCACAAUCGCUUGCCAAACUGUAUCUUACUCAAGCAUUACAGAGUGCAAAAGAAUCGAAGGAAACUAAAUGAACAAAUUUAUGGUAAACAUUUCAUCUUUUGUAAUAAUCCCUAAUUAUGCAGUAAUAAACUCAUGAAAUUCCAUAAAGGAAA